CAAUCGACAACGUGAGGCGGCAGUCACACAAGCAUUUUUCCGUGCACCGUCGGCGUGUUAGUUUUUUUUUUAUUUUAUUAUCCUUUUCCUUCUCAUUUCCCAACCCCCCAAAACUGUCUUAAAACUGUAUCCAUAGAUCGGUGUCCCUCAACAUGAACAAGCUCUACAUCGGCAACCUACCGGCAGACGUGAACGAAGGAUCUAUCCGAGAACUGUUUCACCAGCAGACCGGCGUUGUUCCUAAAUCCGUGCUCCUGAAGAAGGGGGGUUAUGCUUUCGUCGAGUGCUCAGACGACUUGGUGAUUAGCAAGGCCAUCGAAGCCCUGAACGGACACUCUUUCAUGGGAUCCCAACUGCUGGUAGAACCUCAACAGUCGACACCACAGAACAGAAGAGGUCGUGGCAACCGAGUGCACGUGAGCAACAUUCCGAUCCACGUGCAGCGGGACGAGAUCCAUGAUCUUCUCUCUACCUUUGGCACAGUGCAGAAUCUGGAACUACGGACAAGGCGGGGAAUGGUUUCCGAUGCUGCAAGCUUCUCAGUUCCUCCUUCCAAGCACGAGAACCAAUCCUAUCGAGCUCAAGUAACUUACGAAACUCCCGAACAGGCGCAGCAGGCUGUGGCUCAGUUAAGGGAUUACGAGUACCAAGGCAGCGUGCUAAGGGCAGAGUACGCCAUGGACGUCAUCCGCAACGGAGGUGGUAGUGGCGGCGGUGGCCGCAACAACAUGCGCAUGGGGGGCAACCGGCCCAUGUUCCGGCCCUUCUCGUACACGGGCGGCCAGGGUUCCCCCAUGAGGCAGUCUGACUUCCCCCUCAGGAUCCUUGUGCUAAGUGACAUGGUUGGUGCCAUCAUCGGCCGGGCUGGAGGCACUAUCCGCCAGAUCACCCAGCAGUCAAGGGCAAGGGUGGACGUUCACCGUAAAGAGAAUGCUGGUUCCCUCGAAAAGGUGAUCACCAUCUACGGCAACCCUGAGAACUGCUCCACAGCUUGCCAGAAGAUCUUGGAGGUGAUGCAACAAGAGGCCAGCAACACCAACAGGGGGGAUGUUCCCCUGAAGAUUCUGGCCCACAACAACCUGAUUGGGCGCAUCAUCGGCAAGAGCGGCAACACCAUCAAACGCAUCAUGGAACAGACGGACACCAAGAUCACGGUGUCCAGCCUGCACGAUGGCAGUGCCCUUCACUUGGAGCGUGUCAUCACCAUCAAGGGCAAGCCAGAAGGCGUGUGCCGUGCAGAGCAGUUGGUGAGCGCCAAGCUGCGACAGUCUUACGAAAGUGACUUGGCGGCAUUGGCGCCACAGAGCCUUAUGUUCCCUGGGCUGCACCCAAUGGCCAUGAUGUCGGCCUACCCUCCGCCGCCGCCCCCACAUGGACCCCCUGCACGGCCGCCCCACUACAGGAGUGGAGGGGGAGGCGGCCCCUACCCGCACCCUCCCGCCGUUGGAGGGGGUUACAUGGGAGGCGCCGUACAUGGUCCCAUGGGGGGUUACAUGUCGCCCAGCCAUGGCGGGGUAGAGAGGGAGCUGGUUUGCCUAUACAUCCCAAACACUGCCGUGGGCGCCAUCAUCGGCACGGGUGGAAGCAGCAUCCGCGACAUGAUCAUGAUCUCGGGGGCUUCCAUCAAAGUUGCCCAACCGAACAAGGAUGACCCUGCUGAUGCUCACGAGAGAAAGGUCACGAUUGUUGGAACUCCCGAGUGCCAGUGGAGGGCACAAAGCAUGAUCUUCAACAAAGUUUGCUACGAAGGCUGCAUGGGGAAUCCAGACGGCACCUUGAGGGUAGAGAUUUUCGUGCCUUCUAACCAGGUUGGCCGCAUCAUUGGCAAAGGCGGACAAACGGUCCGAGAGCUUCAGCGGCUGACCCGUGCACUCAUCAAGCUGCCCGAAGAGAGCCAGAACGCCAACACUGAGGAAACGCCAGUGCAUAUUUUGGGCGACUUCUUCAGCACUCAUGCGGCCCAACGCCAGAUCCGGGCCUUGGUGAACCGCAACCAGAUGGUUGGUGGCCAGGGUCCCUACCCCAUGCACCCACGAAUGGGACCACGCCGGGGCGGCAGCAACAACAGCAGUAGGCAGCAACAGCAGCAGCCUUCGCCUCCAUCGUCAUCUUCUUCCUCGCAGCCACAGCAGCCUGCUGGCUCUCCCACAACGAGCAACUGAGGCACAUGUACGAGUUGAUUGGGUGGCCGUCUCUCCGACAAUGUUUUUCUUGUGGCCAGACUCCCUCGCACUGCUGCAGCGACAAUAUUGAAAGGGGUGUGUCCUUGUGCACAAGUUUUCGUUAAUAAGGGCUGCUGAUCCCUAUGGAUUUCUAAGAAUUCCUGCGGGGCAUGCUCAGAAUAUUACUGCAUAAACUAGGGCUAAGGUAGAGCUUUGAAAUUCCUUUCGAGAUUGAUGUUUGAUUGCAAUUUCAGUUUCUCUGUGAAUGUGCUUAUUACCUUAAAGUGACCUCAUUCAUUGAAAGUAUUGCUCAGAUUUUAUUUUUCUUUGCUUUGCAAGGAAGACCUGUUACUGAUAUUAAAUGUAAUAACUGAACACAGCUGCUUGGGCUUGGAGGCACUAACAUCAUGCAGCCAGUGUAGCGAAAACCACUUUGCAGAAAUGGCACUUAGUCUACUGGGAAGCGAGCCUGCUGCUGCCACAGUUUCGCUUAGGUUGAAAGCUUUGGUUUUUCGUGUGUCCAGCAUGUGGCCAAUCAUGCAGAUCCAUGUUGGUGUACACUUCGCCCCGCUUCUCGGGGUGCCUCUGGUCUUGUGGGAGUUGGGCACAAGCAUCACCAAAGAUGGCCAGUUUCAGAACUGUAAUUAUGGAAUGCGUUGGUUGGUGUAAGAUCCUAAAAUUAGCUCAAUUCUGUUCAGUCCUUUCAUUCCUUUUUCCUCGUAGAGGUGCGUUUAGAGUGUUGGCCACAAGAAAAAUUAUCGUGGGAGUAGGUGGCAGGGAGCAGGGCAGUUGAUGAUGUUGUUGAUCUUGUUCUUCAUCAACAUGUCACAUUUUUUUUUCUUCUUUCUCUCUCUCUCUCUCUUUAUGGAAAAAAACAAACAAAUGGUGUAAAAAGUGAGUUUGAGCGACACAAGGUGCAAGUGUGGAAGAGAGAGUGCUCCUCCACGGGGGAGAGUAAUGAGGGAGGGAGUGUGUGAAGGAGGUGUGUGCAUUGUGUAUAUAAUAUUAUGUAUGGGUGUGAGGGGGAGGAAGGGAACCCUUAGACACUUGAUUCUAUGUGGACCACCAGAUUGACACUGGCGUAGGAAGAGGAGGGGACAUCGGACGAUCAUUCCAUGGUUUGCCAGUGGCAUCGAGGCACCAGGGUGCACCAGCUUGUGCAUAGCCUUGCAUGCUGUAGGAAGCCCCUGGAUUGCAUCUCUAAGGAGCACGUGAAUGGAGUUCUGUUUUUGAGCAAGAUCCACUGCGAUACUGUGUGCUCAGCUCCUGACAACGUUCUCAGUAGCGGAAAAAGCAGAGCACAUGGUGUGGGCGAGUGUGUGUGUUGUGAAAGAAAUGCCGAGCUCUGAGUGCUUGCAAACAGCGGUCGUCGUUGGGACUCAGGAGAACACCACAAGCUUGCUCUGGUUGAAGGCCAUUGGAGUCUCACGUUGGUUUAAGUGGCUUAAUGUGAUGGCCCAGUGGUUUUUAGGGGGUGUUAAUCUGCCUCCUAAUAGCAACAAGACGUAGAGGGCACCCUUCUGCCCCCUCUGCACCUUGGGCACAGGGGUGAAGGCAUCAGCUUUUGCAGUUGGCUGCCUGGACUUGAAAAAAGAAGUGGUGCGUGUUCUUUUUUUUUUUUUUUUUAUCCCACAAGUGAAGCUUUGUGUGGCACGUUACACAUGUGUUUGUAAAAAAUGAAACGCGAAGUUUCGCGGCAGGCGGCACUCGUGACGAAAAUAGCAGCCGUAUUUGCCGGUGGAGCCGGCUGAACUUUUGUAGUCAGUGUUGCGAGUCUGCCGCUCAUGCUGAGCACGGAGGGGCGUUUUGACGAAGGCAAGAAACACGUGUCGCGUUUUGUGUUUCCGCCCCUCCCAUUUUUUAUUGUAUAAAUGUUACGCGACGAACGAGAGCUUUUAUUUUUGAUACUUGUUGGAGAAACUUUUUUUUUUUUUCGUAUGCGUGUGUGAAUGACUGUGUGUGUGGUGUGUGGGUGGGUGUUCCAUGACAGAGUGGCGCCUUUUGCCGCGACACUUUCUCUUCUUCUUUUUUUUUUUUUGGAUGCUCGAUGACCUGAUGUGAUGCGACGCAUUGCAUGUUAGAUGGAUGGAAAGGAAAAAAAAUGAAAGGCAUAUGUUUGUCAGAGAGAUAAACAAAGCAAAAAAAUGCUACCAAGUUGUUUUGAUAGUUGAAGGCUGAUGAUUUUGCGUGCACGCCUGCAUUGCCAAGCAGCCAAUUUCUCACACAUCUGCUGUAUCUCCUCAGAAGGGUUAUGGCUCUGAAAUGAUCUGCGAGGAAAUGUUGAGGCCUUCGUUGGGUUGUCUGUGCGUACAACUUGUGAAAGACACAAAGGAAAAAGGAAAAAAAAACACGAGCAAGACUUGUUAUUGGUUGGUUUAUGUGCCAAGUUUCUCCAAUAAGUUCAGUUGUUUCCCACCCCUUUCCCUCUUGCAAGCAGUUAUUACCGUUGAAGCUGGCAUCACAACUGCAUUGCCGUCACACACACAAAAGAUUUGCAAGGGGAGCCACGAGCACUGGAAGAAAAAGAAAAGCUCUCGUUCCCUGCAGUUCGGGAUGUGUCCAGAAGAAAAAAAAGUGUUGGCCUCCUUGCAUGGUUUGGCAGCACAUGCGUGGUUUUUUUUUUUUUUUUUUGUAGCUGCAGCGAAGUCAAGAAAUGAAUUGAUAUGCUAAGCACUACAGUGAAGAUGUAUGUGACCGCUGCUAAUUUCCAAUAGCAGGCUCUGAAAAGGGUAUUUUGGGAAAACUCGCAAUAGCAGCUCAUGGCCUUCUGCUGGCUUUUCGCGAGGGUGGGGGCUUCUAAAAACAUUGUUGCGUCCUAAAUAAAAUUCCCACGUCAAAAGCCUGUCCCCCUUUUUUUUUGUUUUUUGCCAACAUGCACCAGUUUCAUUCCGACGACGCCCCUCCCUCAGAAUUACAGGCUACGGAAACUUUCUCUCAAGACUGUGCUCUCUCUCUCUGCGAGGACGUCUCCAGAUGAUGACUGAUUUAACAUUUGUUAAUUUUUCGAAUACACUGGUUUAGGAAGCGCGGUGUGCUCUCCUUUUUUUCCAAAGGAGUUCUUGUCAUCUAUGUGCGCUCUUCUUUGACGACUACCUCACACGUACGUUACAGGAACGAGAAGCUACUCUCUAAUCCUGGGGAAUCCAAAAUAUUUUAAACAAUUACCUAGACAGCGGAAGGAGGCAGACAGUGACACAUGUGUGAUGGACCACUGCAGCAUGGAGCAAGUGGCUGUCUCAUGGUAGCAGUUCAAGCACCAAAGUGUCGUUUUCUUCUGUUGAGUGUCUCCAACCGAACUGUGCUGGCAUCCACUGGAAAUACUAGUGCUCUACUGGCGCAGCGAGUCAACCUGACGCACAGCAAUGAAAUUGCUUUGUUUUACCAUCCCAUUUGCUCAGCGCAGCGUCCUCUCGUCUCCCCUCCAUUGCCACAGUUUGAGGAAGACCUUUUAUUUCCUUGCAGAGAUAUCGUUUUAUGUGAAUGCAUUAACGGUGGAGACUAUGCUGCAGAGCGUUUUUUUUUUUUUCAACUUGAUGCAUAUGCAUUUCAAACGCCAUAGCUUUGCUACAUAUCAAGUACUGGCCGCCGAUUUCGCUUCCCCCAUCCCCUCCAUUUGGGGCACGUGCGAGCUUUUUGCAAUUCCAGAACCCUGCUUUCCUCAAAGGGUUCCUGCACAAUCGUUUGACCUGUGGAAACUAGAGUUUCUGCAAAGAUAACUGGAACGCUGGCAACUCGCAGCGGCUGUCUACAAAAAGAGAAAACUGACAUGACCUAUGACAAACUUGGAAACUGACGAACAUCCAACUUCUGAACUGAAAAACUACAGACUUGAGGACUGAUAAAUGAAGGAUUUCAGCAACAGACUGAAUGUUCUUUCAGUUUCUGGAUAUGGCGCUUCUUGUUCGCCUUUUUCUGCUUUUCUUCUAAUGGCGUUCCUUGGUGUUCGCUGGCGUUGGAAAGUUCUAUGAAUGUAUAACUUCACGCAGUUGGCAUUCCCACUGCACUUUUUUUUUUUCUCCUUGAGGAUGCUUAGGAUUUGGUUCCAUGUCUUACUACCAGAUGCUGUAUGACAUGGAUAUUCAAGAUGGCACUCGUCUUGCAAAUGAAGAGUUGCUUGUAGCAUUCUUGAACAGUUUCUUUUUGUUCUUUUUCUCGGUGGUGUCCAUUCACUAGAGCACCUAUUCCUUAAUGGAUUUUUCCUAGAAUUUGCUGAUUAGAUUUUUUUUUUUGCAAAGCACAUUCUUUGUUUAUGGCAAACUAGGGAACUCCUGUUAGAGUUUUUCUUGGUUUUUAGGGUAGAGUUAGAUCCUGUAAUUGUUCAACCUUUUUCUUUAGUUUUGUUGGCCCCCACAGUGCUUCUUGGGCUUUUGGCCGAGAUGCUGCUCAUUGCUCGUUCAGAGCUCCUCUUUACUAAUGCCUCCGUUUUAUUGCCAUUUUCAUUCUUUUGGCUUCAAUAGCAUUCAUAUUUUUCUAGUGGCAGUUUGUUCAUCAUUUACUUUGGCUCUCACCUGUAGUUAUCUGCUGCUUGUGCACUCGUUAGCCCCUAUGUUGCUUUCAGCUCCCCAGAGCUGCAAUUGCAAGCAAUUGGUGUCCAAUCUAUCACGCUGUACUUUUGUGCGAGAUUUUUUUCAACCUUCUUUGUUACCUGGCAACUGCCAGCUAGUGACUGUUAUUUAGUUACCGGGAACUCUUUCAGCUGCCACAGAAGACAGACAUGCCAAGGGUUUUUCUCUUCUUUUUUUCCUGUGUGUUUCACUUCCUAAUCAGUCCGUUUGUCAGUGGGGUUUUUCGCUGUGCAGGGCAUUGUAGCAGUAACGCACAUAAAAGUAGGCUUCUUAUCUAGCAUUUGCAGGCGUUUUCUUUCUCAAAUCUUGCACUACAGCAGUGUUGUAAAGUUUGCUAACAUUUUCAGAUUGUGGAUGUUUUAUGAUGUUACUGAUAUUCCCAUUUGUAGCAGCAGACCGCUUUCCCCCAGCGCUUCGUUUGCUAAUGCUGAAGCACGGUGUCUUAGUAGCCGCCAUAGUGAUUGCUGUAAUGCUGUUCUUUCUAUUUGUGUCCGUUGUGCGCUCAAUAUUGCGCUGGUAUAAUUUGUGUACCGAGAAACGCUCGUGAUUAUUUUGCAUCUUGGUUCUUGAAAUCUUGUUUUUCACCUCUAUAAUGUAACUAUGUUUGAGACUUACUACCAGAUUGUAUUUUGUAUUAGAGUGCAGUGCAGCGCGGUUUGUCGUCUCAUGCCAGAUUUGCUUGCUUUCACAGUUGUGUGCCCAGGUGUACACGUGAUCUUUUGCUUUGAUGUGGAAGACCGUGAAACCAGGAAAACAUGAAUGUGCUCAUAGCCACUUUUACUACCACCACUACUACCAAACUGUAAUACAGCACUGUCAUUGUCAAAAUGGACAUGCGAGCUUGCAUCUGUGGCUGGCUGCUUGGCGUUUGAUGAAAUUGCUGACUGUCCUUUUCUUUGUGUGAACCUUAGCCUUAUUUAGCUCUACUUUUCGUUUCGAUAGUGUGUGCUUAAAGUAAGGCAGUAGAAAAGUUUGUAGCUGUUGGCAUAAUUACAGGAUUGGCUGAUGUUUUUGUGCAACCGUGUUAAUUUCUCCUCUCUCGAAGUGAAUUUGUAUGAGAGUCUGGAUGCAAUACAGGUCUUUUUUUUACAUA